CUCGACUUCAUGCGCGAGCUGCACGGCGCCUGGCUGGCACUGCCCUUCCACGACCCCUACAGGCAUGAACUGAAGAAGAGGUACGACAUCACAGUCAUCCCCAAGCUGGUGGUUGUCAAGCAGAAUGGAGCCGUCAUCACCAACAAAGGGCGGAAGCAGAUCCGGGAGCGCGGGCUGGCUUGCUUUCAGAGCUGGGUGGAGGCAGCUGAUGUUUUCCAGAACUUCUUGGGGUGAAUCUGAAGGGACCAGGGCAGGUGAUUGCUGCAAGUGCAGGGUAGACGCCUUCAAAGAGGGGGGUUACUGGUUUUCUUCUCUGUUGGAGGAUUUCACAGUAGAGGCACCACAGUAGAGCAGAGGGCAGAAACUUCCCAGGAAAGAACUACACCACCAGCUGUGGGUCCCAGCGUUCCUUCGGAAUGAGCUUACAUUUUCUUCUAGCUUUGUCCACCGGUGCCUAAGCUCCAGGACACAUUAACAGGAUGCUAUCAGAGAUCUAUGCAAG